GGUAGAAACGACCGGUCGACGUUGGGUCAGACAAAGACAGUGAGAAAGCUGGGCAGGAGCUUCCUUGGCUUUUUGUAUUCCCGCCAACAAAACAGUUGCGAAUAAACGAAGCAGCAGAACAUGGCGGCGAGUCAAAGUGAGCUGGACCGGCAGAUUGAGCAGCUCAAGCGCUGCGAGUACCUCAAGGAGUCGGAGGUCAAGGCUCUGUGCCAGAAGGCGCGUGAGAUCCUCGUGGACGAGAGCAAUGUGCAGCGUAUCGACGCCCCUGUGACGAUCUGCGGUGACAUCCACGGCCAGUUCUACGAUCUAAAGGAGCUGUUCAAUGUGGGCGGCGAAUGCCCUGAGACCAACUACCUGUUCAUGGGAGACUUUGUGGACCGCGGCUUCUACAGUGUCGAGACGUUCUUGCUGCUACUCGCACUCAAGGUGCGAUACCCGGAUCGCAUUACGCUGAUCCGGGGCAACCACGAGAGCCGUCAGAUCACCCAGGUGUACGGCUUCUACGACGAGUGCCUCCGCAAGUACGGCUCGGUGAACGUGUGGCGAUACUGCACGGAAAUCUUCGAUUAUUUAAGUUUGUCAGCUAUUAUCGAAGACAAGAUCUUCUGCGUGCACGGCGGUUUGUCUCCGUCGAUCAACACACUCGACCAGAUCCGUAUCAUCGACCGCAAGCAGGAAGUCCCGCACGACGGUGCCAUGUGCGACCUCAUGUGGUCCGACCCGGAGGAUAUUGACGGCUGGGGACUGAGUCCUCGUGGUGCUGGAUACCUUUUCGGCGGCGACGUCGUGGAAAAGGUAAGGACAAACAAACUAUCUCAUUGGUAUCAUAUUCUAGAGAUCUAACGUUGAUUUUAACGCUCUCGUGUCAUGACAGUUCAACCAGACGAACGACAUCCAACUGAUCUGCAGAGCCCAUCAGCUCGUGAUGGAGGGACACAAAUCCAUGUUCAACAACGCCCUGGUGACGGUCUGGUCUGCGCCCAACUACUGCUACCGAUGCGGCAACGUCGCGGCUAUCUUGGAGCUCGAUGAGAACCUGGAGCAACGAUUUAAGAUUUUCGAGGCUGCACCGCAAGACGCACGUGGUGUGCCUGCAAAGAAGCCUGCUCCAGACUACUUCCUGUAAGGUAUUUGGGUAGACCGAUCGUGACCAGCGGGUGUGUGCUGCUUUAGAAGGCGCGCUUCCACUCAGCGCGACGGUGGAUGGUGGGCGUUACAGCAGUCCCAGGAGAUACAGAAAAGAAAAACACGGCUGAAAAGAGAAGAAGCAGUCGACGAUGCAUAGAGAAGGAGGGAGCUGCUGCCAGGAGCUACUUGAAGUAUAUUUUUUGGUUUUCGACUUCGCGGCUCAAUCAUGCAGAUAAAAACGCCAUAUAGCUAGCUAGUUGCCCUGACAUGGAGCCUACGAACAGUAAAGAAAGAAAUACCAGGACAUGAAAGGCAUAUCAUUGCUUCUUGAUGCCCUAUCAACUUUCGACAUUUCUCAACUUCAACAU